AUGCCCGUGAGCUCGGCCGCCAAGCUCGCCUCUCACAUAUGGAGGGGCGCCGCGCAGUCGGCGGCCAAUGCCGCACAUAACUCGGCCAACACCUUCCGCGGGGCCUUCCAGGGCGCCUCGGGCUCCACGUCCAGUACAGGAUCAUCCGCGUCCGGAUGGGCAUCGGGUCUCAGCAGCGGUGGAUCGUCCGCAGGCGCAGGCGCAGGAGGCGCAAAGUUCCACGCAGGUCGCGGCGCCUACCAUUCGUACCAACACACCGGCCGCGUUCUGUCGCAGGCAAGCACUUCCAGCGGCAACGAUGCCAACUCAAAGAGCACCGACGACGAGGACGAGAUCAGGAGGCAAAAGGCCUACAAGCUCAGGCUGGAUGGCCACCUUCCUACGCUCGCCUCGCCCGGACACCUCACCAACUCGCACAUGCAGGUCAGGUUCCGACAUGCUUUUGCUGCCAAUCACGGUCCGCUGCUCGUCACCGCCGCCGACAGCACACACGCCGAUCAGGAGGCAAACACGGCCGCGCAGUCCACCAGGCACAUCUCGUCCUCGGCCGCGCAGGCUGAUGCCGCCAACGUCGAGGCGUCGCAGCAGCAUAGCGCACACGACCGCCUGUACAGGACGCUGCGUCGCGCCACCACAAGGGGAGACGCCGCCGAGAUCCGCCACACCGUCGCCGCAUUCAAUGCGCUCCCCAAGGAGCAGAAGACCACCAAGGGGUACAACAUGGUCAUGGAGUCGCUCCUCUCCAUCCGCUACACCGGUCAGCCCGUGCGCGAGAUCACCGACACGUACAACGCCAUGCUCCAGGCGGGCCUCUCGCCCAACUCGCGCACCUACACCGUGCUCGUCAAGGCGCUCUGUGCGCUCGACGCCGAGACGCACGGCGACCGGACCUUCAACCCCGCCGAGCCUGCGGCAAAAGCUCCGGCUGCCAAGGAUGCGGCCGAGGGCACAAUUGCGCCGGCGGCCGACGACAACUUUGGCCAGGCACUCGAGUUGAUGAAGGUCGCCCAUGGCGGUCGGCUGUGGUUCGACGAUGCGCAUGCGUACAAUGCGAUGCUCUCGAGCUGCGCGUUGCGCGGCGAUGUCGACAGCGCACUUGGCGUGCUCGACCUGCUCGAACGCAGCCUCUUCGCCAACACGGAUGCCAAUACGUUCAAGCACCUCAUCAAGACGUUCGUUACCGACCCGCAGCUCAAGCCCACCGAGACGCACGAGAUGCAGGAGGCGCGCAAGCUCGCCGCGUGCAAGCAGGUGUUUGACGAGUUCCUCCUUGCGAGUCAGAAUCCGGACUGGAACCACGACCGCGACGCCGUCGUGUGGUGCUCGCUCAUCGACGCCCACUUUGCGCUCAACGAUCCGCAGGGUGCCGUGCGCCUAUUUGAAAACAUGCUCGAGGGCGGCGACAAUGUGCCUGCGCUCGACAGCUUUGUCGUCUCGUCCAUGAUCCGCGGCUUCCUCAACAUCGGCGACGUCACCACCGCACUCCAGUGGUACACAAAGCUCACGCCGGCCCAAGAGAUGCAGGGCUCGCAAGCCUCGACCGAGUCGGACAUGCCAAGGCCGAUUCAUUCGACCGUCGAGCAGCUCAUCGUCAGCAUCGCACAGUCGGGCAACGACGAGCUGCUCGAACCGCUUUUGCGCGUCUUCCAGAGCUACACACGCACCCUCUUCAAGACUCAUGCCGCCCAGUUUGCCGUGCUCGCCAACGUGCUUACGGCGCACGUCGCCAGCGUCAAGCGGAUGCAAGACGCAGGUGCAAAGCAAGACGAUGUCAAUGCGGUGCUCGACCGCGCGCUCGAGGCUGCUUCCACCUACUUUGGCUGUCUCCCGGACUCGCUCCACUUCUAUGAUCCCAUCGAAUAUCCGCACGCCACGCAGCAGAUCGUCGAGGCCUUCUUUGCACUCAGCGACACGCUCGUGACCGCCGCACGCCCCGUCGAUGCCGGCUCCGCACUCAGCUACGUCCACUUCUUCUUCGACCGACUCGACCUGACCACCGCCGAAUACGCCCCGCUCGCAGAAAAGCUCUCGCAGCUCGGCGGAAAGUUCCUGGCUGUGGACGCCGAGGCGGGCGAUGCGGAUGCGGCGCCGCUCAGACUGUUUGCAGCGGCGCAGUAUUUGGUUCCGCUGCUGCGCGCCGCGGAUCGGCUCGAUGAAAGCACGGCACAGGCACUCACGACGCUCUACCGAUCGGUCCACGCACAGACGCCCGAGGCAGUGGCAAGCUUGCCGCUCUCGCCAGAUGCCUGGACGCUCAUCCUCGAGGCGUUCUGCUUCGAGGAGGAGAACCUGCGUCCGCUCAGCCUCGAUGCGUUCAAGGCCGAUGGCAUCCCGAUUGUCCUGCACGACCUCGCCAAGCUGCCUGCUCCCGAGGCAGCCACCGAGGGUGCUCCGUCCCGUCCGGCGGUCGAUCUGGCAAAGGCGGUCGAGGUGGCUUCGUCUCGUUAUGGAGACGAGGCGCUCGCGCUCUUCCCUGAAUGGGCGACGCAGGCUCUGGCUGCCGCUCGAAACGGUGCCGUUGAUGGAGCGGACGCCGCUUCUGCUACUGCCGAAACCACGAGCGACGUGACUGCGUCCGAAUCGCAGCUCAGCGCAUCCACGCCAGCCUCUACGCCUCCCAGGAGACACUCGCCGCUUCACCGUCAAGAUCUGCCCGCACCCGCGCUUUCGAAUGCCAACAUCCCCUACUUCCCGCCCGUCGAGGUGGUCGACACGGACUUUGGUCAAGCUCUCUUUGGGCUGUCGCGUCCGUCGGGCCAGGACGAUGCGCCGCGCCUCUACGGCGAUGUGCGCAAGCAGAUGCGCGCUGGCGUCUACGCGCAUCCGGAAGGUCUGGGCGUGCUCAUCGCCGCGUUUGGCCGUCUGGGUGACGUGGAGCGCGUCGAGGAGCUGUACGCGAUGAGCCAGCACGUGCUGCACGCUCUGGCGGGCGAUGCGCGCUGGCAGUCCAAGGCGUGGUUCUCUGUAGAGGACCACAUGAUCCAGGCGCUCAGCCAUGCCGGCCGGCCCGAGGCCGCCACGGUGCACCGCCAUCGCAUGAUCGCCGCGGGCGGCCAUCCGACCUCCACCUCGUACGCUGCACUCAUCGCUACGAUCCGCGAGACGACCGACGACGCCACGAUCGCGCAGGAGCUGUUCGAGGAGUCGCAGCGCUUCGGCGUGCGGCCCACGGCGUACCUGUACAACGUGGUCAUCUCGAAGCUCUCGCGCGCCCGCAAGGCCGACCGCGCACUGCAGCUGUUUGACGAGAUGACGCAAACGCAUCGCAUCAACCCGACGAGCGUGACGUACGGCGCGGUGAUCAAUGCGUGCACCAGGAUCGGCGACGAGCAGCGCGCCGUGCAGCUGUUCGAGCGCAUGCAGCGCGACCCGUCGUUCAAGCCGCGCGUGCCGCCGUACAACACCAUGAUGCAGUUCUUCAUCCAGAGCGUGCCCGACCGCGAGCGUGCGCUGGCCUACUACCACAAGAUGCGCGCCGCCGACGUGAGGCCGAGCGCACACACGUACAAGCUGCUGCUCGACCUGUAUGGCGCCAUCGAGCCCGUGCAGCCGCACGAGAUGGAGCGCGUGUUCGACGAGCUGGCGAACAAUACGGCGGUCAACGUGCAGGGCACGCACUGGGCGUCGCUGAUCAACUGCUACGGCUGCAUGCUCAGCGACGUGGAGCGCGCGAUUGCUACGUUUGACUCGAUCGCCUCGCAUCCGUCGAGCGUCGGGCGCAAGGACGGCGUCAGCCUGCCGGACGCCGUGUCGUUCGAGGCGCUGCUCGCCGUGUUUGUGGCGCACGGCAGGAGCGACCUGAUCCGCGCGCACCUGCACAAGAUGGAGCGCGCAGGCAUCCAGAUGACCGCCUACGUCGCCAACCUGCUCAUCCGCGGAUACUCGAUGGAGCACGGCGACGCAGGGCUCGACGAGGCGCGGGCACUGUUCGAGAGCAUGGACGAGCCCGCGGCCGGUGUGGCGGCGGCGGGUAACCACCCGCCGCGUGCGCACGGCGCUGGUGCACAAGAGUCGACUGCUGCCGACGCCUCGUUUGUCGCGAAUGCACCGGCGAGCACGCGCGGGAGCGGACUGGCGGCGCUGUUUGCAGCGGUCCAGCGCGAGCCGUCGACGUACGAGGCCAUGAUGCGCGCCGAGCUGAGCCACGGUCAUGCGGAGCGCGCUGCUGCGCUGCUGGAGCGUAUGGAGGCGCGCGCGUUCCCACCGGCGGUCAUCCUGCGCGCGCAGGCGCUGCUCAAGGAGGAGGGUGCGGCCACCGCUGCUGCUGACGAGCCGGCGACGCCGAGCGAGGUGCCGUUCGAGGCUCAGAUCCCGGCGCCACUCGCGCUGUCCGAGGGCCGAUUGACGUUUGGACAGACUUCGCCGCGGCUGCACAUGGCGAGCGAACGAGGUGGCGCGAUGACUUCGGUGCGACAUGCGUCGACGAUGGCAGGCGCCGCGACGGCGGCGGGCACGACCAACCCGGCGCCCGGAGCGCCCAAGCCCAAUAGCCCAUUCACGAUCUUUGACCGUGCAGUCAAGACGGCGCAGAAGGACCGAGCUGCGGUACGACCGUCGGUGACGGCGGAUGCGCAGGGGCAUGCGUUCGGCGCCGAGUCGACGCGCGGCGAGGCGUCGCGCCAGACGGACUACGUGCGACGCGCGAUCGCCGAGUCGCUGGCGGAGCGUGUGCAGGACAUCAAGCGCGACUUUGGCACGAUUGUCGAGCUGGGCGCGGGGCCGGGGCUGCUGCGCCACUACCUGGAUGCGGAGGGGAGCGGUACCAAGAAGAUCAUCAUGUGCGACACGAGCGAGGCGCUACUGAACCGGGACCGCCAUCUGGACGCGCAGUUCCCAUUCGAGGUGGAGCGGCGCGUGCUGGACGAGGAGAUGCUGCCGUUCGAGGAGGGCAGCCUGGACUGCGUGGUGGUGAGCGGCGGUCUGCACUGGACCAACGAUCUGCCGGGCGUGCUGAUCCAGAUCCGGCGUGCGCUCAAGCCGGACGGUGUGCUGAUCGCGGCGCUGUGCGGAGGCGACACGCUGUUCGAGCUGCGCACGAGUCUGCAGCUGGCGGAGCAGGAGCGCGAGGGCGGCAUUUCGCCGCGCAUCUCGCCGAUGGCCGACACGCGCGACAUGGCGUCGCUGCUGUCGCGCGCCGGCUUCACCAUCCCGACGGUGGACGUGGACGAGGUGCAGGUGGGCUAUCCGAGCAUGUACGAGCUGAUGCACGACCUGCGCGACAUGGGCGAGUCGAAUGCGGUGAUCAACCGGCGCGGCCAGCUGCGCCGCGACACGAUGCUGUCGGCCGCCGCGAUCUACGAGGCGAUGCACGGCCAGAGCGGCAGCGAGACGGAGCAGCCGCAGGGCGUGCCGGCGACGUUCCAGCUCAUCUUUCUGAUCGGCUGGAGCCCGGCGCCGACGCAGCCCAAGCCGCUCAAGCGCGGCAGUGCGACGUCGAGCCUCAAGGACGUGCUUGCGGGUAGCGAGGGCGACGUGCAGGGGCAGGCUGAGGCCGAGAUGGAGGAUAGGCAGCGCGCACAGUGGAUGAAGACCAUGGCCGAGGAUCCGACCAAGCCCACCAAGAAGUAA